ACAUAUUUUUUUCUUCAAUUGUAUGUUACAAAUCACAGCGUUCCAUUCUGAAGGGUCCAACCCUAGAGGAGUACAUGGGAGUACGGUGUGUAGUGGAUUAUAGUGACUAGAAAAGCAAGUUUUUUUUUUUCUAUUGUGAACUGCGCCAUGCGUUCACUGCCAUAACACAGUUCACGUGUGAAGCGUGAAGUGGGCGUGAACGCGUGUGGUUUCGUUUUCAUAAACCUUUCUGUGGGUCUAGUUGGUGCAUGCUUGACAAAUUUUUUUAAGACACAAAAAAGACACGGCACACAAGGAAGGUCAAACACAGGAUAGGUGCUAUUCUGUGUUUGACCUUUCUUUUGUGCAGUGUCUACUUUUCGCUUUUAAAAAAUCGUUUCAUGCCCAUCUAGCCACCGUAGUUUGCAGGUUUAGUAGUACGCUAGCCGAGUCAAUCCAAGCUAGGGUGCUUCAAAGGUCACGUGGGUUUUGUUUUUUUUCCUUCCCCAUAUGGUCGCCCACGGUUGAGACGGAGAUUGAUACGUAUACGUCAAUGCGGCAAAGUGGAACAUUAAGACAAGCGCACUAUAAUUUCUGCCAGUGACGGAGUCUUGUACGCCGAUUACGCAGGAAGUCAUGAUGCAUCCGACGACGCUCGCUUGAGGAGAGCACCGCUGCAUUAAUCAACACCGCGGGGAAAGCGACAGCACAAGUAACGUAAGAUGGAUGCCAUGCAGCAGGACUGCAACUUGGGUCAUCUGCUGCCGCCUGAGGUAUGGAUGCGAAUACUGAGGUUCGUAGACCCGGAAGACAUCCUGGCUAUCGCGGACGUGUCGCCCCUUUUGGCGAGUUUUACGAGCGACCGCUCGGUUGUCGGCACGGUCCGUUUCUCGGCGGAAACGCUUUCGGACGACACGCUGAGCCGCUUCCUGCGGGCACCUCGCGCCGCGGCCAUUUCCACCCUGGAUCUCACCAACUGUGUCCUGCCACAGUCGACCACAAUCGAACAUGGGCUAGCACGCUGCGUCAACCUCACCACGCUUCGUUGCGUCAACUGUCGCCUGAGUAGUCGUGCGUUGUUCCAGCUCGUGCUGACCAGGCUGGACAAAUUGGAGCUUCUCCACUGGUCGUUGCUGGGCUGCCGCGAGGGCCGCGACGAGAUGGGGCCCGCCCUGAUGGUGCUUGACGCGAAGAACAGCCGGGCCACGUCGGGCAUCCGUUCAAUGUACGUCGAACUGGUCGAGAGCGCUGUCCAUGUGCACACGCUGUGCCGGCUGCUGCCGCGGUGUCCGCGCCUGCGGGACCUGCACGUGCACGUUCUGGGAGCCAGCAGCUGCGAGGGCUGUUCGCCCGGCGCCCCGACGACGUACGGUGACCGCCCUCUAUCCGAGCUCGAGCGUUUCACGUACACGACAGACGCGGCGAGAGGCCGCUGCCCUUACGCGUCGCGCUCGGCGUUCAUCGAGUCCCGUGAGCUGUGGCACCUUCUGCUGGGCGACGACGAACCGCUUGUGCAGGCGUUCCGAGGCUACGCGACGCUGUGCAACAACGUCGCGCUGCGUCUUCGUCCGCGCAAGUCGCGCAGCUGCGUCCACCUCUCCGAGCUGCUGCUGCCCGCGGGCGACGAGACCACCGGCGACGCGAUGCCCCAGAUGAGCGUCACCGUCGACGAGCCGGGCCAGCUGUCGGCGGCGGCUCGGGGUGGCCGCUGGUCGUCGCUGGACGCCCUGACGCUCCUCUCGCCGCUGCCGCUGAACCGGCCCACGUUCCCGCCCGGCGUGGGGGCCCUGUACGAGGCGCCGCUCAAGUCCCUGCUGGGCGCCUGCUCGGCGCUGGGCGAGCUCAACCUCAGCCGCUUCCACUUCACGCCGGACCUGUCGUGCUGCGCCCUUCUGGCCUCGGCGUGCCUGCGUCACCUGAGGGCGUUGUCGCUGCCGGCGUGCGCCCUGGCCGAGCCCAACUCGCUCGAGGACCUGGCCCGCGCUCCGUUCGCCCUACACGAGCUGGACAUCCGCGGCAGCGCGACGACCGCGCACAGCGUGUGCGCCGUGUGCAGCGACCCGCGCACGUGCGGCGACUCGUCGCUGGCGCCGCUGGCGCUGCUGGGACCUCUGCGGCGGCUGACGUUGUGCGGCCUCAGCAACGUGCACAGCGUGCAGUUCCUGGCCGGCUGCCGGGUGCGCGAGCUGCGGCUGUCCCACCUGGGACGCAGGGGCCUGUGCUGCUACGCCCAGGGGCUGGGCACCGUGCUGGCAGCCCAGGCGGGCGGCCUCCGCGUCCUCAAGAUGGAGCACGCCGCACUCACGCUCAGCUCGCACCUGCUGCUCGACCAGAUCACCAAGGCCUCAUCCCUGGAGCUGCUGUGCCUGACUUCAAACGCUCCAUUGCGGCCUGCGGAACAGCAGCAUUUGCUUGACAUGCUUGUGCCGCGGCUCCCGCAGCUGCGUGCACUGCACGUGCAUGCCCCAGGGGUACGGCCUUUUCCACGCCGUAUGCCGGGCCAGCCACGAAUCCACUUUGACGGCAGCAAUGGUGACAAUGCCAAUCCCACCAUCGUCUUCACAAAUGAGCUCAGCAUCCUCUGCCGUGCGUCCAACUUCAUUGGCCUCACCAAGCCGUACAACAGGGACCCCCAGCCCGUGCUGAUGGAAGCCGUCAAGGGCUGAAAGGUUUGACCUAGGGUGGCUACACCCUUCACCAGAGGGGAAAGGCAUGUCGGGCUUGUUUUGUUGCCAGGUGGUCUCGAAUGAGACUGCGGCAACAACAUCAAGCAUGGGCAUGUUUUUGCUGGUCUGCUACACAGGGAUGUUACAUUUUAUUGCAAAAGGCAAGUGCAAUGAUAGUGAAGAGCUGUUCUUUUGUUGUUGACUUAUGGGGUUUUGGUGAGAGAAGCACCGUGUGUAACAUUAAUCACUCCUAUUGUUUACCGUAGCAUGGUUUCUCUUGGAGUCUGUAAAGUAUCAGCCACAUGGUAGCAUAGGCAGUGAAGGAUUUGAUGCUAAAAGACUGAGAAAUGGGCUCUCUUGGGUACCUUUGUAUGUGUGUGCAUGUGUGUGUGUGCUUACAAUCAAGAAAAAGGGAGAGAGAGAUAGUAAUAUUGAUUUGGCCACGUUUCAACGUGUCGUUGAAUAUAAAAUGCCAGCCACUUUAUCUUGCCUCUCCUUGUUGCACAUCUCGGCUCAACGUGUGCAAAGGGAAUUGCUAGUCCCGCUGCUGUAACCUCGCAGUUUUAGUGUUGUGAAUAGAAAUGAGAAGGUGGCGGAUAAUAUAGCCCUUCAUUUCAUGCUGUGAUCAUGGCAAGCACAAACUGCCACGAAGGCUCCUCACAAUAUUUUUCGGAGUCCGAGCAGAACAGGUCCUUGCCUGCUAGCUUUUUUUUGUUUUCCACAUUUGCCUAGUUCUGUGGACUGAGGGAAAGAUGAGUGUACAGUGCAGAUCCAGUUUCCCUGCAAUGAUUUCACAUGAUCGCUUGGAAAAGAAAGAAAUGCUGCACAGUCGCAGUCUUCUGUUCAUGACAAGGUCAGCUUCACAGAAAGAUGGAGGCUUGAAGUAGUGAGCAGAGUUUGAACAAAAGGUGUGUCAGGUGGGAGCCAAUGUUUUGGCAAGGGGACUUGUCUACCCUAGUCUCCGGUAUCGGUAGCAGGCACUCCGAAUGUUCAUCUUAGCCGAAGAGCACAUGUGUGGCGGUUCGUCUUAAGUGGAUUUUUUUUUUUCAUUGAGUCUAUGGAAAACUAAACAAAUGUUCCCAUGUUGUUUGUUAUAUCCAAGAAUUCAGCUAAACCGAGUUCGUUUCAAUGGGAAAUUACUGUAGUAUACUGUAAUGAGCUAGUGAAAAGAGAGGAGGGGGAUAUUUUCACUCUAAGGUUUCUCACAUAUAUCACCUUCGACUGGACUCUGCUAACGGGCGUAUUGGCACGAUGCACCAGCAGCAGCCAGGCUGUGUAGUGUCGGCUGACUUAUUCUUGCGGCUUAGUUCAGUGCACUUGCUAGAAGCUGCGUGGAAAGAUAUAUGCAGACCAAAAUUUAAGUGCAGGUGUCUGAACAGGUUGCUGCCUUCUGUUGGCAUUCCAGCAACAAAGAAAAAAAAAAGAAAUAUUUUUUGUAGGGUACCAUUAACUCUGUUACUGAAUAAGGUGUCUUAAGUUGUGUUUUUGCAGUAGUGCAUCUUCACGUUGCAACUAAGGAGCGUUCUUAGCCGGCACUAACCUUAACAAUCCCCUUGUCACUCUGAUAUCCUCAGAUUCUAUUUUUCAUUGUUUGUUUUGUGGUGAAGCAAGUGUCUUGUGCUUAAAUUAAAGGCUUGCUUUAUUGAAAUUGUGUUACGUCAGUUUUGGCCGAGGCAGAAUAAAGAGACAGCAGGCACAACAUAUUUUAAGGACAGAAUUUGGUCCGACUUCCAGAUACUUCUCCCUCAAAGCCCCUAUGUUAUUUACUGACAUGCUGCUAGCUAGUACUAGGUUGUAUGCAUUCUUUUGUGGCAUGAGUAGACAGAUCGGAGUCAGCAGUCACGGACACAUGCCGUAUUUACACGAUUGUAGUUCGACUCGAAUGUAAGUCGACCCCCCCCCACCCCCCCCCCCCCCCAUCUCGCAUGUGACAGGGGAAAAAAAGAAAGAGCAUACCCGAGGGUGCAUUCCAUAUCGAAAAUUUAUUAGUAGCUGGCAUGGUCACUGGACUAGUCGUCUUCACUUGUGCCAUCGUCCUCUCUAGUGCUGCCAUAGUCAUCACUGCUAAGGUCCCACAGCGCGUCGUCGUCCGGCGAAAUUACACAUUUGGCAAACAACCGCACCAUGACAUACUGUGGAACAGCAGCCCACGCGGAAUGAACCAAACCACACACACCCGUCAGGGAGGCUCUUUUGACAGGUUCAGUUGGCAUAAGUUUGCAGUCUUCUACCGCCAGCCACUCAUACUCGCGGCGGAGCAGGUCGAGGCGAAGAUCUGGGCUUGUUUGACGACUAUGUCGCACUUCACUGGCAAGGACCGAUCACGCAUUUCAGCGACGUAAGCUGCAAGCUUGGCCGACAGCUCCAGAAAGCGUCCCGACUUCGGCCUGUGGGAAAUUCUUUGCUUGCCGUCACAGGUGAAAUUUCACUUCGCUGCAUUCGGCACUCUCACACCACCUGUUCAGAAACAUCAAACUUGCAGCCCGCUGCGCAGUGAUUUGUUUCUUCGGCGUAAAAGAUGGCAACCCUCUUGAACGCUGUGAACAAGCGUGGAAUGUUUAGUGGGCCUGGUGCACUCGUGACGACUGAAGAAGCAUGGAAGUAGCACAUAGCCGGCAGUCGAGUCGAAUGCGUCGAACUAAGAGCCACAGGGAAAGAGAAAUGCAUGAGCGGCGUCUGCUCUUUCACGAAGUGUUGAUACUCCCUGCAAGCACCACCGUUCUGAGGGUGCCGCCGCGAAUGGAACAGCGGCACUUCCAGCAACUAUCGACGACCCCCAUGACUGUUGUGUGCACUGUAAAAGUCUAAAAAAUGUUGAAAAGCUCUUCUGAAAAGCGAACAAACGUGCGGGAUAGCAAUAAGCUACGGGUAGGGUCAUAGAGCAAACAUAAAAUUGUAACUAUGUUGUACCUCCCCUGAUAUCUCGUUGGUUUCGCUUUUUUGCGGUGCCAUGUGUUGGUUUCAAUUGUAAGUCGACCCCCCACUUCAGAUUUCCAAAUUUAAAAAAAAUAGGUCUACUUACAAUCGUGUAAAUAGAGUAUGCUAAAAUGUGCGUUCACCAUGCAUGAUGAGGAAUAAACUUUCCACGGUCAGUGGAGGGACCUUUUGUUUUCACAUAUGAGAGAAUCUGCAGUCCUAACCACACAAACAUUCUUCGUUGCCGGAAUUGCGUAGCUAGAAAAAACAUUUAUUUGGCAUUAAAUGAUUAAGCCGGCAGGGUGUCAUGCUUCUGAGCUCAGUUUGUGGUUCGGUAACUGCACCAAUACAGGUCACCUUAAUGUCAGCAAGCCAAUACGAGUAAAAGCUAUGAAUGGAGUGGUUGGGUCACUGUCUAUGGAUGCGCUGGAAGGAAGUUGGCAGUAUGUCUUGUAUAAAUUUCAUCGGUUUCACUCGUUGCUUGGGGCAAGGAGUGUUUCGCCCAGUGCUAAAGUCUGGUGUGGAUUUCUGACCUGUUGCCCGAGCAUGGGUUGGAGUCCAGGAAAAGAGAAUUGCACUAGCACGAAGAGAAUAGACAGCGCUUGUCUCAUCAGUUUCUACUGUUUUCAUGCUUGUUUUCCUCUGAGAUAGAAUACACAGUUGUCUGACUUUCUUCAUUCAAUUGUGUCUAUGUUUUUUCUCAGUAUAUUGAAGAGUCUGUGCCACUAAGCAUCAUUUAGAUUUUUUUUUUCUUCAUGGGGUGUUAGCAAUCUAAGGGUGGAGGGAAGUCUCUUGUGCAUUGAAUAGCACAAAGUGGUGACAAUAUCUAUUUAGCAGUCUUGUUUAACAAGGAAUGGCACGAGGUGAGACUUUCUUUUAACCAAUAAGAGUGAAAGGUGAGGCUGUUUGGUUUUGACGGAGCCUAAACUUUGCCCUAGCCUUGAAGGGCCCCUCACCAGGCCCCAUUGCAAAUUUUGGUUAUCCACUGGAGCUUGUAAAUUUUUUUAAUGAAUUCGUUAGUCUAGGAGAGAGAAGAAAUUAACUGUCCUUUCACCAUACCGCCGGGAGGCAAGUGUCACUGCCAAUGGGGACACUCAUGCCUUGAGUGAGCUUCCGCAAGUGACGUUCCUUCCCUGCCUUCCGCCAUACCAGAGCCAAGGGACUACGUCUUGUUCGUGCACCGAGCCCUACCUCUUUUCUUUUUCUUUCUUCCUUUUUUUGCUGCACGGUGCAUUCAAAAUGACAGCAUUGUGCACUGGAUGAUUAGCCAAAAUCGUGUGCCAUGGUGAGUGAUGUAGCUAGCACUGCGUUUUAUGUUGGCACAUUUGUGUGUGUGACCUUGACUCUGACCGAGGGUGGAGGUUCCUUGGAAGGGAGGGCGUGCGGCAUUUUGUUUGAAAUUUCAGCUGUUUUCAUGGCCCGCAAUGCUGCAAUACUUUACGGACUCGAUUGGCAGUGCAUGAUGUAUAUGGUUCAUCUGUCUGUUUAAAAUUGCCAAGCCUGGUGAGGGGCCCUUUGAAAGACAUGGAAAGACACAUGAGACCUGGUUUCAGCAGGUUUCCAAAGCAUCAUUUGAAAGUGUAGUAUACGUCCUGUCGUCCACUAUCUGCUUAUCUGCUAGUACAGUAUCUGCAGACCACUGGCAAGAUAAGAUAAGAGAUACAAAUUCCUUGUGAAUAAACCUGUUCCUUCUGUCAUCACUGGGAAGGAUUGUAGCUUUGCAUACAAAAGGAAGAGAAAUGAGUACGAACUUGAACUGUGAAAGCCCCGAUAAUACUUUUCAUUGUUACAAAGUGAGGGAUGUCGUACACCUCAGCAUAUUGCUUGUUUGGCCGCAAGCGAAAUGGAAAGAUAUUCAUUCAGGAUUAAACUGCAUCGCUGCAUCUUGCUUUUCCAGGAAAAGUAAGAGUUGAAAGUACACAAGCACAAGUUAAACAUAAAAAGCAUUGGCUUUCCUCUGUGCCCUCAGUGAAACAUCAUAAUCAAACCACUUCUGCAUUUUUUCCUUACUUCUCCUUGAAAGCAUCCUAGAAUGAAAUCGCAGGCACUCGAAAUGGAAUUACAGGCACUCGAACAUAAGAGCCUUAUUAAAGUGCAAGUUAUUUUCUUGGACACCUUAGAAUAGAAUAUGCGAAAAUAUCUGGAAAAAAAAAUGUAUCAUUGCUCCAGUAGGCUUGAAAACGUAAGCUAGCACAUCCGGGGCGGUGCUUUAGUUCAAACUUUUGAACACGGAGAGAAUCAGCCGGGCCUGCUUAUGGAGCACUGCACUUGAGAAACAUUCCACUGUGUAAGGUGUCUCAUUUUGACUUGUGUGCCUUUCAAAGUGUGAUCAAACCAAGUGUCGUCUAUUUGCUUCCUCUCUAUGUGGCAUUUGGCUCAUGCUCAACCUUCUCCAAUACUUCUGUGAAAUUAAGUGCUUUGCAGUGGCCCAUCCUGCCAGAUUCCUCGUUUUCCUCAUAGAAGGAUCACAGUUACAUCAUGAAAUUUGUGCUGUAUUAGAACGCAAACAUAAAGCAUUGAUCCUCAUAUCAGUGACUGAUGAGUGUCAGCGGUGUUGAAAUGAGGGUGGAAAUGUGGACCGCUGCCUACAAAUAUUGUUGAUGCUUCAUAAUUACAAUGUGGACCACUUAUAUACAAUUCUCUGCAAAUUGGGCUUGGAUUCACACUGUUCGUACACAAAAGUAAUCUGUUGGAAUGGGCACCAGCCAAUCACGAUACCCUAUGAAAGCAGAAGCAAAGCCAUGGACUAAUGAUAAACAAUUCCCACAGACAAAUCGCUUUGUGAAUUCAGCCCCUGAUAAAAUAUGGCAAAUAAACAAUGUGUCUUCUCUGUAUAGUACUCUGAUUAAAUGACUUCAUUUUUGUGCUGUGGUGCUGUUACAUAACUUGUUCUUGGGCAAGUCACUUCGUACUAAAGGAAUAACCGUAGCAUUCACAUGACAGACACAAGAAUGGUAACCGCAUGACCUCAUUGGAUGUAUCAUUCGUCCUGUUGGCUUUCUUGUCUUUGUCUUGUGAAUGCUACAGUUCUUUCAAUAAUGUUACUUUUAACUUGCUCGAUCCAAUACGUGUUUCUUUCCCUCGGUCCUUCAUUCAGGUAGACGUGGCCAUAGUAGUAACCCACAUCCAUGGUUGUGCUUUUCAAGACGUCAUCUCUGUGUGAAUAACUCGCUAUUGUCAAGUUCAUCUUAAUGGUUGUUUGGAAUUGCCACUAUUUUUACACUUGCACAUGCUUUCUUUUUUCCUGAUUACAGCUCUCGUUAAUUCAUAUUGUACAAGAUAACAGCAAUUUACAUGUUUCUUUUAUCUUUUUUGCCUAAGUUGUCAUAGUAGUAACACUUUAGUGCCCCUUAUUCUGUGAUACAUGCUUGUUGGCCUUGUGCUUCCAUUAUUUUUUCUAAAUACUAUUAAUUUUCUGCUAAUUACUCUGAUGCCUACUGUUCCUGAACACUGUUGUGCCCCUACGUUCUGUGCCCUGCUGUAUUCUUCUUGUGCAAACCUAUAGUGGCUCUUUUUCUUCACUGUUUAGUAUAUACUGCAUAUCUGUUUUCCAUAUUGAUGUCAUGGCAGUUGAAGCUGCACCCGUGGAAAAUGUUACUGUUGCACCGUUUGACGUGUACGUCUGCCCCGAGUGAUGCCUUAUAAUCAUCGUAAUUCUAGCGUACCCUUAUGUUCUUCAGCGUUUUCUCUUCACUGCUUAGGUACACAUUGUGUUACACGCUCAUGUUGUGUCAUGCAUUGCGUCCAUAACGCUGUGCGUGCCUGGACCCCCGUUCCCAAGUAUUGAAAAGGAGCUCAACGUUUGUUGCAUGUUAGCACAAGGAAGCGCACUCUCGAAUGAUAAUUAGUGCUUUGGUGUAAAAGCAUUUGAUGUCUUUACAAUUGUGGAAAACAUUACGGCUUUCAGAUUGCACUUAUUAGACUUCUUGCCUCUGCUUUACACUUCCAGCCUUGCCCUCCCUGUGCUCGUCUGUUUUACGAUUGGUUGGUUGCUGUAUGUUGCAGAAAGUGCACUUUACACCCCUGUUGUGCAUUCCUGUGGGUAGACAUCAGCCUUAAAAGGCACUCCCUCAGCACCCUGUAGUUGCAAUGACAGAAUAAUCGAUUGGACUCUGACUGCUCUACUCCUGAUGCCUCUGCGCCUAUGUGACCACAGAAAUGUGCAAUAGGAAAUUUCACCUGUUCUGGGGUGCAUUUUUGUUGCACAACAGUAACGGUAAUCAUUAGCAUUCCCAUGCGUUAAGAGCAAGCUACCAAUGCUUUCCCCUCAGGUUUUGCCUUCUGCAUAAGGUGCUCGGCACAUCUAAACAUUCCUGAUGAGUGCUGGGCUCAUGUGACAUUAAAAGAACCAUCGUUACCACAGGAACUAUAUCUUUAUUGUUGUGGUUGUGUGGCUAGAAGUACACCCCAAAACUGGUAGAAGAUAGUGGCUCUCAUAUUGAGGCCGAACACUCAAACAGGUUUAACAAACUGCUCUGUACUGUAUUUACUCGCAUAAUAAUCGCACUGUCUUGUAAAAGAAAAUUGUCGGAAAUUCAGGGGUGCAAUCAUUAUGCUGGUAAUUUUCCAUGAAAAGAAAAAAACAUUUUUCAUCCCGCAUGUGCUGCGGGAUGACAACAGGUCAACAAACAGGCAGCUGCCACUGUAGUAGCGCGCGACGCGAAAACAAAAAUGGCAGCCAGCGGAGCAAGCCGAACACGCCGAACUCAAUUUUUUUUUGUUCUCGUGAGUACAUUGUGUGCAUUGAAACAGUUUCUUUCGUAUCAGUAAUGAAUAAUAUUGUUAAUAUCGGCAAGUUUGCGGCAAUAACAUAGCCAUGCCCACUUUGAGGGGACAGAAACAGAGAUGGGCGCACUUAGCUGCCAGUGACACUGAAACACAUGGCGGGUAUGCUGUGAAAACUGCGGCAUUUGUCUUCACUACUAUCCUAAUACGGCAUGCUUUCGCUAAAGGUGGGCGAAUAUCUUAGCUGUGUUACAAGCGACGGCGAGUGAAUAGGGUACACUUCUAACGCGACAAUCGUUGCCACUCGCGAUUUCUUGCAUGCCCACGAGUGCAGGCGCCUUUCUGUUGUUGUUGGUGGUGGCCACAACGGUUAUAAAGCCUGUAAAUAAUAAAGCCAAGGCAAGUUUGUUUGUAGCUAUUUAUUUUUCAUGGAAGUGCGGAAAAUGAUGAAAUGAAUGAAAUGGCGCAUCUGCUUUAGAAAGUUUGGAGCAUGCAGACCACUUGGUAUGUUUUGAAGAGUCGUUCGUGUAGCAUUCGACAGCAUUUGACAGAUGGCAAGCGCGAUCAUCAUUAGCUAGACUUGAAAGUUCGAAAGUUUAUUUAACAUAAUUAAUGUACAAUUGCAGAGUACACACUUUUGGGACCCAACAAAAUUGUUAAAGGGUCCCUACCGAUUGUUAUUAGAAAGAAGCACUUCUAUGGCAGCGGUUUUUUUUAAUACUGUAAACUCGCAUAAAACUAAAAUAGCUGAAAUAAGUAAAACAAGAAAAUACAGUAGGAAAAAUUGCACAAAUAAGAUACAUCUUUCUAAAAAAAUUUUUUUACAUCAUCAAAAGCUUUGGCACAGGAAAAGAAAAAGAAAAAGCGAGGACGUGUACAAGCGUGCACAGUGUUACACAUUGUCAUUGGCACACGACAUAUCGCUGCGUCAAGUUCGGGGUGCGAUCAUUAUGCAAGUAAAUAUGGUAUGUUUAUCGGUGGCCUAGAUGACGCCACACCACCGCUGAGGUCAAGUGUCUGGGGCUCGAGUGUCCCUGUGCCACCUGAGAGAGACGCAUUCCAACCGUGGAAGCCUGCACAUGGCCGAUCGUGAUUCUGUGCCUGUACGUGAAUAAAUAGUUGUAUCGCAGUGUAAAAUAUACAACUGGCGACGAGAAGGGGAUUGUGGAUGCAGAACCAGCCUGGUGAAGACAUCAACCCCACAUGCAAGCAGGCAAGUGAUUCUGCUUCCGCAGAACAAUGACCGAACUACACAGCCUUCUCGCGCAAAUGUACAGAUAUGGUGAUGUUUGGCAAGGUGGAAGAAUACAGUAAGGAGUCCUGGCUCUCUUACACAAAACGGCUCAGUAUGGGCAUCUCCCAUAGUACCAGUGCUGAAAGCAGGAGGAAAAAGCAUCAAGACUUGCGGAGACUGCAAAUUGGGUGGGAAUCUUGCAGUGAUUACAACCCAGUACCCGCUUCCAAAAAUUGAAGACACUUUCACUUCCUUGCAAGGUGGAGUCAAGUUGACGAAGCUAGACCUAAGGGAGCCUACAAUCAGAUACCUGUGAAUGAGGAGACAAGCAAACUCCUGGUCAUUAAUACAGACAGAAGUCUGUUCACAUACAACCGCUUAGCCUUUGGUCUGUCAUUAGCUUUGGCACUCUUCCAAAGACGAAUAGAACAAACUAACCUCUGUCUACCUAAUGAUGCCCUCGUGACUGGCAAGACCGAUGCAAAGGAUCAGAUUCAGGUCUGAAGCUGAGACAGGAAAAGUGCAAGUUCUUUAAACCACCACUUGGUGUACUUGAGUCAUAAGAUUAGUGUAGCUGGACUUCGGCCUGCAAUGAAGAGCACUGAAGCCGUCAUUGAAGCACCAGAACCCAAACAUGGGGAGAACUAAGGUCCUAUAUUGGACUCUUUUCGUGCUACAGAAAGUUCCUGCUUAACAUGUCGACACUACUAGCACCUUUGUAGGCACUGUUACAGAGGGAAACCCAUUGGAGAUAGAGAAUGAGAUGCUUUUAGCAAGAACAAACGAGCCAUUAUGGAAGCAAAGAUUCAGGCCCACUAAUAUCUAUCGGAGGAGCUUGUGAUAGAUUGUGAUGCCUCGCCCCAUGGGGUAGGUGCAGUACUGUCAACUCGGCAAGGUGGGGUGGAGUCACCACUGGCAUUUGCAUCUCGCACCCGCGCACCAGCAGAACCAAACUAUUCACAGCUAGAAAGGGAAGCUCAUGCCAUAAUUUUGGUGUCGCAUGCUUCAGAGACUAUCUUCUGUGCUGUUGUUUUGUGCUAAUGACUUAUCACAAGCCAUUGGUGGGUAUCUUUCAAGUAUACAAGGAAACUCCAACAAUAACUGCAUCAAGAAUUCAACACUGGGCUCUUAGCCUUGGAGCUUACAACUACAGCAUCGAGCACCAUUCGGGACGCCUCAGUGGGAAUGCAGAUGUCAUGAGCAGGCUGCUGGAGACGUUGCACUAGCAUCCAACAGAAACACCAGAGCUGCUAAAAUCAAUCUACAACCUCGAAGAGCUGACAAUAUCAGUUAAGCAACUGCAAGACCUCACGAACAGUGACCAGAGCCUAAGUCAGGUUCUAGAACGGGUAAAGGACAGUUUGCCACAAAGCAUGCCAGACAAGUCGCUACAACCAUUCUAGAACAGGUGUGAUGAACUGCGUGUGCAUCAGAAUCUUCUAUAACUGGGGAAAUUGCAUGAUCGUGCCACCUCCUGCCCUCCAGCGUGUCCUUAAGCUGCCCUAUGAAGCUCACCAGGGUAUGGUCAUAAUGAAAGACAUGGCAAGGUCUCUUCUCUGGUGGCAUGGCAUAGGUGCCUAGAGUACUGCUCAGAUGCAUAGAGUACUGCUCUUGGCGGUGUCCAGAGUGCCUUCAGCAUUCCCCAAUGCCACCUAAAGCAGAACCAGUGUCCUGGCCAGAACCGCAGGGAUGCUGGGUGCCUUUGCACUUGGACUAUGCUGGACCUUUUGAGGGGAAAAUGCUUCUUGUAGUAAUUGAUGCUAAGUCAAAGUGGCUCGAAGGGCUCAUUGUGUUAAAUGCCACUUCUGAGCAAACGGUGAAACACCUGCUUGAAUUUUUUGCAAAGUUUGUAUUGCCAAGGUGUAUUGUGACAGACGAUGGAACCCCCUUUACUGGUCAGCCCUUGCAGGAAUUUGUUCAAGAAAAUGGAAUCGAGCAUCUCCGAACUGCUUUCCAUCCAGUAUCAAAUGACUUGGCAGAACGAGCAGUUCACACAGUGAAGGACGGCCUCAAAAAGAUUGAGGGAAGAGACCUCAAGCUCUGACUCGCUUGAUGGCUGCUCAUGUACCACAGAGCACCUCAUCAGAAUAGAACCUCCCCAGCAAACCAGGUGCUCAAUUAUCCUGUCAAGGCAAGGUUUGACCUUGUUAUUCCCAAGAAGGGUGAUAAGGGGGCUAUUACACACUCCAAGCAGUGGCUUAGUUCUCAUAAACGCAAAUCAUGCUACAAGAAGGGCGACAAGGUUGUUCGCAACUUUGGCAGAGGACCAAAAUGGCCUCUUGGUGACAUUGAUGACACCAGUGGAUCAACUUUGGUAACAUUGUCAACUCCACAAGAAUAUGUAUGCUGCCACUACGACCAAAUCAAGUGGCAGUCAACAGGGACUCCAAACCAAGUUAAACCCUGCAGUCACAGCAAGCUGUGGCCGCGCACCCAGUGACAUGUCCACAGUGGAGACUGGAGUGCAAAUUGCAAGACUCGAACUACCCAAAAGCCUUCGAGAUAUACCUAACUUGCUUUCCUUAAGAAAGGAGGAAUGCUGUGUAUGUUUAUCAGCGCCGCUGUAAGAUGGCACCACGUCACCAGAGCGACUGCUCUCCCACUGAGCUCAAGUGUUUACGCCGUUUGGAUGUCUGCACGCUGUGUCAGAGAGACGCAUUCCAACCAUGGAAGCCAGUGCACGGCUCAUCGUGAUUCUCCACCUAUACGUGAAUAAAUAGUUGUAUUCCACUUAAAACGUACGACACAAACGUUAAUUUGCACACUUUCGUGAAAAUUUUUAACCCCAAAGUGUGCUGUUUAUGCCCCAAACACUUAGCACUUUAUUGCACAAACCUUUUUUGCAUACUUCACAGCAACAAUCGUCCUUUUAGAGUACCCUUCCUCCAAAUGUCAUGCAACCCAGGUUGCCUUUUCAUUGUAGUAUUGAAAUGCAAGCCCUGUUGAUAGCAGACCACCAAAUGCUGUGCUAAAAUAGAGUAUGCACACCAAAAUGACAUCAUGUGGCAAAAGUGUGCUUUCAGCCAUUCCUGAAAGUGCUCACUGGAAGCAACGAAAUUUGAGCCCGUGGCAUUCAGGCCUGUGUUCUGGAUUUUGCCUAGAGAACUUCUUCUGUAUAUCAUGCUUCAAAAUAUGCAAAACAAAGGUGGCUAUUGGGCUACUGCUCUAAUUAAGUAAUGUACACUGAACCGUAAAAUUUUACAGACCACGGUACCCGAGAAAAAUAGAAUUUCCGAGCAGUGACUAGUGAAACCACAUAGUGCUAUGCAUUGUUUCAUUCAUUAGCAUGUAACAUUGGGAAAACUACCUAAGUAGUACAGUAAUGCAAGUCUCACUCCGCACGUUUUGUAGUUCAGUUGUUAAUAUGCAAUGCUUUCCACGAACACAACUACUUCACAUAUUGCAAAUACAACUUGUGAGCAUAACAUUCACUUAUUGUUACGUCGAAUAACAAGUAGCUUGUGCACAUUUGUGCUUUGAGUAUGUGACAUAUUGUUUUGGUCGUGAGCGCAAGGGGAUGUACUGCGAGUGCUCAUCAUAGAAACAUGUCAGUCCAAUCGUUUGGGGGUAAAUAGAUUCAGAUUUCUGACGUUUAUGUAAAUGAGUGAGACAAGUCCCUUUAAGAGACGGAAGAUAUAGUAACGAUGUUCAGGAGCACAGGUUAACAAAAUUAUAUUUAUUAAGGGCGAACCUGUACCCACAACUAAAAGUCACUGCAGUCGUGAAGAAAUCCCUGGCAGUCGCAUUCUAAAACUGGCCUUGAACCAUCUUCCUCUUUCUUCUUGCAUGAUACCUCGUGCGCGGGGCACAUGCGAGCCAGGUCCAACUGGCUACCCGUGCCACAAAGAUCGUUGCCUGUUGUUGCUGAACAACACGACGGUACGGCCUGCAGUGUCCAGUACAAAGGGCGCGCAACCUUAAUGUCACCAAGUUUGUCGCGGCAUUAUCCCCCCUCCUUAUUGCAUCGGCCCGAUGCGCGAGAGGAAGCAGGGGCUCCUGUGGGCUCUCGCUUUUUUUUUUUUUUUUUCAUGACCUCUCGUGGUAGGGUUUUAUGCGGACAACAUGCACGACUUCCGUGGAGUUUCGCCAUCUUGGACUCUCGUGUCCAGCGAAUUUCACUUCAUAAGGGCUGAAGUAUCGGCAGAGAAGCUUUUCAGACAGUCCACGACGUCGCACUGGGGUCCAUACCCACACCUUGUCACCGGACUGAUAAUGAGCUUCACUACGUCGCUGGUUGUACCGGCUGGAGUUGAUACGUUGUUGGCGGCUUAUUCGGUACCUUGCCAUCUGUCGUGCCUCCUCGGCUCUUUGCAAGAAAUCAUAUGGGUCAGAUGAGUUAUUGUUUUCUUCAUCUAACGGCAACAUAGCGUCCAAAGUUGUGGUUACUGCUCAGCCGAAUACAAGUUCAAAUGGGGCGACUCGUGUUGUUUCUUGGGCGGCCGUAUUAUGUGCGAAGGUGAUGUACGGCAAAAUUUUGUCCCACAGCCCAUGUUCAAUGUCGACAUACAUCGAAAACGUGUCAGACAGUGUUCUGUUGAGGCGUUCAGUUAAACCGUUUGUCUGAGGGUGGUAGGCCGUAGUUCUCCUGUGAUCAGUAUGUGUCAUUUGCAAAACAAGCAUUUCAUUAGGCCCGCAGUAAAGGCUGUUCCACAAUCGGUAAUAACUGUGGAAGUGCCAUGCCUGAGCACGAUAUUGUUGACAAAGAAUUUUGCAACUUCGACAGCUGUUGCACUGUACAAGGAAUCAGUUUCUGCGUAAUAGGUCAGAUAUUCUGUGUGGCCACAACUAUCCACUUUUUGCCUAAAGAUGAUGUUGGGAAGGGUCCAAGGAGGUCCAUACCUCCUUGGACCUCCUUGGACCGACUUGUUGGAAUGGGGCUUUUAGUGGCCUUAUUUGCUGGAGGAUGCGUGCUGGUUUUACAGAUGGAGUCUUGAGCCUUUGACACUCACGACAAGUCUUGACAUAGUGCUGCACUGAUGCUAAUAACUUAGGCCAGUAGUAUUUCAGACGAAUCCUGGCGAAUGUAUGGCUCACGCCCAUGUGUCCAGAUGUCGGUUCAUCAUGACAUGCAUGCAAAAUUUCUUCUCGCAUAGCUGUGGGUACAAGUGAAAACUUUGUCUCGCUGUUCUCAAAGUUUCUCUUGUAGAGGACACUUCCUCGCAGACAGAACGAGGAUAGCCCUCUAGAGAAAAUACGCGGGAGUUGAACAUCGAGUCCCUCCAGGCGCUGUAUAAGUAGAAGCAAUUCCGAGUCAUCUCGUUGUUGUUGAGCGAUUUGUGACGCGUCAACAAUGCCAAGGAACGAGAAAUCCUCUUCUUCUGACACAGUUGUCCCGACUGGCAUGCGUGACAAGCAGUUGGCAUUGCUGUGUUUCAUCCCAGAUCUGUGUACGACAGUGAUAUCAUACUCUUGAAGCCUAAGGCUCCAUCUUGCUAGUCGUCCAGAUGGAUCCUUGAGAUUCACCAGCCAGCAAAGCGAAUGUUGAUCUCUGGCUGCUCUGAAUGGUCAACCAUAGAGGUAGGGUCGAAAUUUAUAUAUUUCCCAAAUGACUGCAAGACACUCUUUCUCGGUUGCGGAGUAGUUUGCCUCUGCUUUCGAGAGCUUACGGGUGGCAUAAGCUAUUACAGUAGACUCCUGUUAAGAUGAACUUGCUUAAGAUGAACCCUCGGUUAAGAUGAACAGAGGAAGUCGCAUGUUUGGUAUCUCGUAAAGUCAAUGCAAAAAAAAAUCCGCUUAAUAUGAACCCUGAACACGCGCUAAUAGGUUAAGAUGAACUUUCACGGCUGGCCGCGCCUUACCCGUGCAGCUUUACUCGACCAUCCGAGCAGCACUUUAGGGGAAAGAAGAAAAAAAGAAAAAAAAUUAAAGCUUUUCUGCGCCGUCGACCAUCUGUGCGAUGUGGGGAGACGAGGAGACCUAACCACCGCAGUGUUUCUGCGAAGGUUCCGCUGCUCCUCCUCUCCUACCCUUCCUCACUCACUCCUCUGUCUCCUCCCGGCCCGGCUACAAGAAUUAGCCACACCUUCAAGUUCAUUCUCUCCUUUGCCUCCCCAUCACCAGACCCUCCCCCUCUGCCCUGCACAGCAGCGAUGCGAUGAGCCCUUCAUACGAAGCAUUUUCAGCGCUGUGCUACUCCCCUUCCUCUCUCGGCUCAGCGCAGAAUGACUGCGAUACUAUGAAUGAAGACUCUACUGUGAACUUGGAGGAGAGCAGUAUUGUUUUUACGCUGAGCAGUAAGGGUGUCUCCAUUGACAUGAGUGCAUAUGUCAGCAUUGAUGAAGGUGUGCAAACAUGUAGGGCUGACACACUGGACGCUUUAAUUGAAGAGGUGCUCGACCUGCCAUCAGAUACUGCUGCUGAUGAUGACAGCAUGAAUGUUAUGCCUGAAUCUGCAAAAGUGACCUACAACGCAGCUGACGCUUUCCUGGAUACCUUAGGGCAGUUUUUCUAACAAUGCGAGGGCACUGAGGAAUAUCUUAGAAAAUUAAGUGAGAUGGAUGCAUUUGUAGCAGCCAGGCGAUUUUCUCGACAGGCACAAAAAAAAAAAAAAAGACUGGGUAACAGUCACCAGUGCCUGAUGCCUUACUAGGGGAAUGUGUAGCAUACCACUAGUCGUGCAAUAAAUGCUUAUAUUGCAGUUAUUUUUUCCCUCAAA